AUGUUCAACAGCCAGGAUGUGGUCAUUCAGAUUACUCCGUGCUCAUUUGAUGUUCACGCAAAGGAACUUAUUGGCUGUUUGAUAAUUGGAUCAACAUUGGUCAUGUUAAAACCUCACGGUAUACUCGACAUGUUCUAUUUGUCUGCAGUUAUUGAACGCACAACGGCGACCUAUUUGCACAUGGUUCCAACCUUGAUGAUGAUGUUGACUGAAUAUAUAUCAUCAACAGCAGAGAGGGCUGAUGCUCUGCAAACGUGUCGAGUAUUUGUCACAGGAGUUUACAAUGUUUAUGCACCAGCUGAAUGCACAAUUGCUGCAAUUUAUCAUUCUAUUGUUUUUGAGAGAAUUAAUGUGCCAGUAAUUCCGUUGGGUCGACCAUUGCCUGGUCGAAAAUGUUGUAUUUUAGAUGAAUACCUUCAACCAGUACCCUUGGGGUCGAUUGGUGAAAUCUUUAUCGGCGGAAUUGGCAUCUUUAGUGGUUAUUUAAAUAAUUGUUUUAUUGAAGAUCGAUUAACUUAUAUCACAGAAAAACGUGAAAAAUAUUAUAAAAGUGGUGACUUGGGUAAAUUCGAUACCAACAGUCAACUUCAUUUCUGUGGUCGUGUUGACUUCCAAGUCAAAUUGAGAGGACAGAGAAUUGAAAUUGGAGAAAUUGAACAAACAAUAAUGAAUUCAUCUGCAAAUGUGUCCAAUUGUAUCGUUGUGAAAUGUUACAAUGAUGAACAACAGCAAGAGUAUUUAGUUGCCUAUGUGCAGUCAACAACACAGACAGUGACAGAGAAAAAUAUUAGAAGUUAUUGUCUUUCGUUACUGCCUGUUUAUAUGGUACCAUCCGUGUUUAUUCUGUUGGAUAAAUUUCCACAAAAUAAGAACGGAAAGCUCGACAGGAAACAGCUACCAAAGCCCGACUUAUGCAUACUGAUACGAGAAAACGAAAAAAAUGAGCAAGAUUAUAAUGAAAAAGCUAAAACAAAUUUCGAAAAACAGGUUCACAACUUGUGGUGUCAAUUGUUAGAUUUGAAACAAGUAUCAUUGAACUCAAAUUUUUUCUCUAUCGGAGGUAGUUCAUUACUAUUGAUUAAACUAUUUUACUUAUAUCAAAAUCAAAAUAAUUUUCUUAACAACAGUAUUUCUUUGUUUUUUAAACAUUCAACAUUGCGAGAACAUAUUGAACUAUUGGAUGAUAAAUAUGAUCGACCAUUACAUAUGGAAAAAUGGAAAUCGUUUAAUAUCGAAGAAGGUAAAACGAUUUGCUUGAUAAUAAAGUCUAUCUUCUUCUGUUCUGAGAGUUUUGCUGGAAACCAUAAAAUAUAAAUCAGAUGAUCAGAUACUAGCUCCACCGUAUGUCGAAAGCAAUGUUCACCUUAACAUCAUUUCGUAGCUGCAAGGUUUCUCGGUAACGAAACAAGAUCCAGGAUCAAUAUACUGCUCGAGCGUCAUGAUAGCCAUUGGGAACGAUGCCAAACUUACAGCCACCUACAGAAACCAAAAAGAUAUUCCCUCUAUGCACUUUUGUAGAUCCCACCUUGUGCUACAAGCUUCUAUAUCCAACGCCUCCAUCUGCCACUUACUAGCGGAGAAAAAAUCGACCUUUCAUCAGUUUCUACUACUUUUCGACUUCGAUGUCUUCCAGUAUUUUGAACCGUGUGUCCCACAGGAUAGGUGACCAAGCGUCAACGUUUGCUAGAAAUUGCGCACAAGGCAGAGCUACAAAGUUUACUAUUUGAAAGUUCUCCUACUGGGGGGAGGGGGGGGGUCAUACCCAAAAUGACCUCGCAUUAAUAUCUGAAGUCCAAUUUUAACGUCGUUUUUCCUUGUUCAGUUUUCGUUAUUUUACGUACCACUUGUCAACAAAGUCUAAAUUUAAGAUCAUAUUUGAGUUCAGCGUGAAAAGCUGAGUCGAGCAGACUAUACUAGAAAUAUUUAGACGGUCUUAUGGUAGCUUUACUGAGCAUAUACCUGAUUACAAGGAUGGCUCAUAUAUGCGAUCCUAUACUUUGGCCCUUCCAGCUCCAAAGCUCCCUUGUUUUACCAAUAUAAAUACGCAGUUUUGUAGAGCUCAUAUAGGGCUACACGAUGCAUUAUCUUAGUUUUACUUUUGAGUGAGUAAAUAUGCCAAAAGCGUCUCUUUGGCGAGGAGCCAUGAACUAUUCAUGAACCUAUGAAUAUCUGAGAAAUCCAAUACGCAUGUCUCAUCUCAACAUUGACACUCAAAACUUCGUCACAGACAUAUUUUUAGACGCUCUUUCUACUGAUGCCCGCAAAACAUCAAAAUAAUAAAUCCAACUAUAAUAGGUUUUCUACAGACCUCCUCAAAAAACAACGGAUUUCAGAAAUAAAAUUUCGCACUUUUGACCAUCAAGAAUUGUAGCCCAUCUGAAAUUGCAUGUCUGUUAAAAUUUUUACCCUCCUGCACUUCUGGAGUGAGAAGAUAAACCGUUGUCAGAAUCAUGAAAAACCAACGACACAAUAGUAUCUGAAUGCCCUCCAGUAUUUGGUUUCGUAUUCGCUCAAACAAAAACUUUUCCAUAUGAAUAUUUCAAGAGGGAUACAAUUUUAGAUGGGCUACAAUUCUUGAUAGUCAAAAGUGCGAACUUUUAUUUCUGAAAUCCGUUGUUUUUUGAGGAGGUCUGUAGAAAGCCUAUUAUAGUUGGAUUUAUUAUUUUGAUGUUUUGAGGGCAUCAGUAGAAAGAGCGUCUAAAAAUAUGUCUGUGACGAAGUUUUGAGUGUCAAUGUUGAGAUGAAACAUGCGUAUUGGAUUUCUCAGAUAUUCAUAGGUUCAUGAAUAGUUCAUGGCUCCUCGCCAAAGAGACGCUUUUGGCAUAUUUACUCACUCAAAAGUAAAACUAAGAUAAUACAUCGUGUAGCCCCAUAUGAGCUCUACAAUCUACCUAUCCUGUGGGGCACACGGUUCAAAAUACUGGAAGACAUUGAAGUCGAAAGGUGGCUGUAAGUUCGGCAUCGUUCCCAGUGGCUAUCAUGACGAUCGACCAGUAUAUUGAUCCUGGAUCUUGUAAGCUUCGAUGAAAACGGGAUUUCUUCUAUACCGUUCGACGCGCCGUGAGCUGUUCUACAAUAAUGCAUAUUUGGUUUCUUGGUUCAAGGGGUCGGCAAAUCCGACAGGGUCCUUUGCUCUUCGUGUCAAGAAUUCAAAGUUGUCAAAGUAUAAGCAUCGGUAACAUUAAGCAUUUAAAAUCGAUCCAUUUUUCACUGGCAGACUCUUUUUUUCUUUGUCAAUGUCUGAAUGUACACAUAAGAGACUCGUCCCACUCAUACAGAGUUAUCUCACAGAUUCUGCCAUGACGGGAGAUGGAUAAAAUGGGAAUGUCUGUAUUUAGACCAAGAGCUUUGUAUAGUCUGAAUUAUGGACAGAAUAAAUACUAUUCGUAAAAGAAGCUGUGAUUUGCGUUUGCUUUCUGGACGUAAAACAUACGUUCUGAAGUAUAAAAUAUACCCGAAAAAUUAAGAAUAGAAAUUAUUGGAAUCUGAUAAGAUCUCUGACUAUUAGUCAUUUUGACAUUUGAAAUCCAAUUUUGAGUCGUGUUAGUAAACGAAAAUUUUCAUAGCCUUCAUAAAAUUUCUACAUUCUCGUUUCUUUGACUUCAGAAAGGCAGCUUCGAGAUCGUUGAGAUUUUCACGAUUCAGAGACAGUUGUGGAGGAUAUAUUAUUUGUUUGUUAUGAUUAAAUUUAACGUCUGAGUUUAUCGUUUGGAAACCGUAAAUAUAACAAAAUGUGGCAUUUGGAGAUUUACAUGCUGAGUACUUUUUCUGGUGUUUUUCUCCAUAGGUUAACCUCAAAUUUGUACAAAAAUAAAAUAGCCAAAUAAGGACCAAGAUCAGUGCUUGUUCAUUGCCAUACUAGUUGUCUGACGAAUAAGGAUUGUGUCAAUAGUAAAAUAACUAUUUUCGACUAAGAGUCUGAUCAGUUACCCAAAAGUGUCCCAAUUGCUUCUUGUUGACCUUUUCUUUUUGUUUUUAUGUACAUUCAUACACUGUGGAAGGUGGUAAUAGCUUUUCUGUGUUAUUCACUCCAUGCAUAUAAUCAGCAGGUUAUAAGAAAACACUAGCUCGUGUUGAGAGUUGAACGAGAAGCAAAUUCACGGUUAGAGUAAGGGCACUGGCCUGCAGCACCAUAGGAGCGAAGACCUUGUUUCUGGUGUUUGUACAUUAAAUUUCUUCCAGCCACAUACUGUUUCUCGAAGUCUGUUGCUCUCAUAAAUGUAGAACGAAAUGGAACCAGAACCAGACGACGCAGCCUGAUGUUUCGUACCCGUAAAAGCUUAAAUAAUGCAUCCGCAGGCAGUUAGUCAAGCAUUUUCUGCUGACUUCUACUUCCUUGAAUCCGGCAGAAAUAUCGUUGUUCUUGUAUACAACUGUCGAUGGGGUGGCUUGAGCAUACUCGACGAAAUCAAAUAUAGAACAAUACUGAUCGCAGCUUUUGCCUAGGAUAAAAUGUAGGCACGCAGAAUCUGAUCGCUUCGAAUGCUCGUCAUAGUGUUUUCCAGAUUUUUCUGUACUAAAUAUGGACUUUGACCGUAAGUAUCAAAUGAAAAUAAUAAAAUUAAAAAGUUAGUGGAGAGCUCACAGGCAGGGUGGCCCAGAUAAAAUCGGACACUUUCAUUCGUUGUUCAUGAGGCAUUGUCCGGUAGUCCACUGAGUUGGUUCUAAGCUAAAUCGAUAGAGAAUUGAAUUCUCUACAAAAUUUGCUAUUUGAAUCUCUGAUAACAGUUUUGUCGUUUGAACAUUAUUCAAAAUAUUGAAGAAUGCUGAGUUGUCUGACUGCGACAAGCUUUUGUCGUGUCCUUUUUUGAGAUUUUUAGCCCUUUAUCUGAGGUUCAAUAGUCAAUUUAUCUACGUAGAUAGAUAGAGAAUUUUGUGCUCUAUCGAUCUCACUUCUUUAAAACUUCAUACAAUGUUUCUGUUACGCCAGCUAAACUAAUAAUUAGCUCUCAACAGAUUUUUCAAUUUUUUCAAAUUAAAUUAAUUUUUUUAAUUAAUGGUUUCAAUUGAGAAACUUUGUUUAAAUAUGAAACGAUGCCUAAUUUAAGUCUGCGUAAGAAAAUAAGACUAAAACCCUGGAUUCACAACAUUUUACUGCUUUUAUAGGCCCAAAACUAAAUUCUUUGAAAAAUAGGUUCAAAACUUAGGUUUUACUGGAUUUGUCAGUUUUUUGCACAGACAAAUUUUCUUUGAAGACUUAACUAUAAAAUUUCGAAAAAUAUGUGAGAAGAUGCAGAAUUUUCCGGUAAAUCUUCUGAUGUUUUCAAAAUUCUUAUGAAAUCUGUUUUUGGAUCAAGACAAAUAUUUUUCUAUUUUCAGUGUGUCGUAGUUAGGCAACU